UCUCCAAGUUCUCACUUUCAAUCUCUCUUUAUCUCUCACUCACUCAUUCUAUCUCUCUCCCUCAGCAAUCUGCAGGGGGAAGUAAGUGUUCAAUUGAAUUUCAUAACUUUCUAAAGGAGGAUCCUUCUUUUACAUUAUAGAACAGUCUUUUCUUCAACUUUUUGCAGCAGAUGCUGCUGCUUAUGGCAGAGAAAUUACUUUGUUUAUUCCAAACAGAAGCAUUUUAAGAUCUUGAACAAGGAAUUUACAUCUGUGGUUACCUGCAAUGCCUGUUCCUCUUGCUCCAUAUCCAACUCCAACAGUUCCAUUUACUCCACCACCUGCAAAUGGUACGCAGAGUCAGCUUGUUUGUUCAGGAUGCCGAAAUCUUCUAUUAUACCCAGUUGGAGCAACCUCUGUUUGUUGUGCUGUAUGCAAUGCAGUCACAUCAGUUCCACCUCCAGGCACGGAAAUGGCUCAGCUAGUUUGUGGAGGAUGUCACACUUUAUUAAUGUAUAUACGUGGAGCAACAAGUGUUCAAUGUUCUUGCUGUCACACCAUCAAUCUAGCUAUGGAAGCAAACCAGGUAGCACAUGUAAACUGCGGAAACUGUCGGAUGCUUCUGAUGUAUCAGUAUGGAGCCAGAUCCGUGAAAUGUGCAGUCUGCAGUUUCGUUACAUCAGUUGGGGCCUCAACAAGUACUACAGAACAGAAGUUCAACAGCUAAAAUUUGUGAGGUAGCAAAUAAAGUUAUUGAUAUUGUUCAGCUUGCAUCUUAAUAUCUUGUGGUACUUAUAGACAAUAGGUGGAGUUUUAUCUUUCCCCAUCUACAUGUAUAGAGCUCUUCCUUUUCUUUUUCUCGCUAUGCUAUGCGUGGAUUCACUUCAAAUAAGCAGUUUCGAAAGAGUUGGAUGUAUAAGCAUUAAUGAGCGAAAAUACUAUACGUUUUUGGAUAAGAAAAAAUUCACUUUCCUUUAAUUUCAGACA